AUGAUGUACAGCGUCGUUGAUGCGUUCCAGGUGACUUUUCAGGCAGUUCAAAAUAUUAGUAGUUUCAGUGGUGUAAUGACAACUAUUCCGGCAAUAAGCAAAGCGGCAUUGGAACGGCGAUUCAUUGAAUCAGGCGAGCGUGAUCGAAUGAGGGAGUUGCUGUUGCAGCGACUGCGCGAAAGCGGUUGGGUGGAGGAUGUGGAGAAUAUGUGCCGCAGUUUCAUACAGACUAAAGUAAGUCCUUUUCUCCCGUAA